AUGCGGGGCCUACAGCGUUCGUUGUUGUCGCCGUACUACUGGCCGCUGCGCUGCCGCUCGCUGGGUGAGUGUGUGGUGUAUAGAGUCAGCGCCAGACGGGCUUCAGACCAGGAGAACUGGCGCGUGCUGCUCGUACACUAUGCGGGGCCUACAGCGUUCGUUGUUGUCGCCGUACUACUGGCCGCUGCGCUGCCGCUCGCCGGACGGCUCGAGAUCGCGAGCCAACAGGAGAACUGGCGCGUGCUACUCGCACACUACGCGGGGCCUACAGCGUUCGUUGUUGUCGCCGUACUACUGGCCGCUGCGCUGCCGCUCGCCGGACGGCUCGAGAUCGCGAGCCAACAGGAGAACUGGCGCGUGCUACUCGCACACUACGCGGGGCCUACAGCGUUCGUUGUUGUCGCCGUUCUACUGGCCGCUGCGCUGCCGCUCGCUGGACUGUUCUGGUGCUGUUGCUACUGGUGCCGCUCAGGUCGACGAAGGCGCACGUUCGACCGCAAAUACGACGCGUGUCUCAAGGGCCUACUUGCGAUAGUGCUCAUCGGGUUGCUCACACUUUUCUUGUUCGGAGUAGUCUGCGCGUUCGCGACCGAGGAACAACUCGAUCGAAGCGCCAGCGAAGCACCCAACGCCGUCCGCUCCGGCAUCAAGGACACGAAGGCUUACCUCAACGCCACACAAGCCCACGUGCGAUGGCUGCUCGUCAACAACUAUGCCGAACUUGAGCGGACACUUGACAACCUCCUUACAACCAGCGAAGCACCCAACGCCGUCCGCUCCGGCAUCAAGGACACGAAGGCUUACCUCAACGCCACACAAGCCCACGUGCGAUGGCUGCUCGUCAACAACUAUGCCGAACUAGAGCGGACACUUGACAACCUCCUUACAACCAGCGAAGCACCCAACGCCGUCCGCUCCGGCAUCAAGGACACGAAGGCUUACCUCAACGCCACACAAGCCCACGUGCGAUGGCUGCUCGUCAACAACUAUGCCGAACUUGAGCGGACACUUGACAACCUCCUUACAACCAGCGAAGCACCCAACGCCGUCCGCUCCGGCAUCAAGGACACGAAGGCUUACCUCAACGCCACACAAGCCCACGUGCGAUGGCUGCUCGUCAACAACUAUGCCGAACUAGAGCGGACACUUGACAACCUCCUUACAACCAGCGAAGCACCCAACGCCGUCCGCUCCGGCAUCAAGGACACGAAGGCUUACCUCAACGCCACACAAGCCCACGUGCGAUGGCUGCUCGUCAACAACUAUGCCGAACUUGAGCGGACACUUGACAACCUGCGUACAAAUAGCGGCACGACGGUAUCAAGAAAACUAGGGGAGUUCUCACACGCGGUGUCCGUGACUACGCUGUACAAUAUGGUGCAGCAACUGGACACAGUGCAGGCGGAUCUGAAGAGCGUCCACAACAUCACAUCUAUGCUGCGGAACAACGCCGAACUGCUCAACUCUGGUCUACGCAAAGUGAAGGCUCAACUGCUCCAGACCCUGGCCAAGUGCGAACAGCCGCAGUGCAUCCGUCUGCAGGAGAAAUACAAGAUUGGACAACUCGACACCGAGAUACAGUAUAGCCAGAUGCCGGACGUCUCCGAGCUGUUGAACAAUGUGACGGAGCUCCUGGACAGCCAUAUUAAGGCAGACGUUGAAGAAGGACAGCAGGUGUUCGCCAACAUCCAGGCCGGCAUCCAGCGAUCCGUGGACGACCACAUCCCUAAUGUGAAAGAGGCCCUCGCUGAGACCGGACGCAAGCUCAAAAGCAUGGCGGACCGCGUAACAGCCCUCUCCAACAACGCAUCCGCAAAAAUACAAGAGCACAGCGCAGGCGUCGCGGAUCACGUGCAAGAAUACUACGAAGCGUACGGCCCGUACCGCCGGCACGCGGGCCGGGCUGCUGCCGCUUCUCUGUUGCUUAUCACUUGCGUGGUGGCGUGGGGGCUGGUGUGCGGCGUGUGCGGCAAGCGGCCCGACGUGUACGGCGCUAGCGACUGCUGCAACAAGGGCGCCGGCUCGCGCUAUCUCUUAUGUGGCAUGGGCGUGAUGUUCAUAGUGGGCGGGGUGGUGUCCCUCGUCAUGGCGGUCUACUUCGUGGUCGGCGUCAGCUCGCAGCGUUUCCUUUGCGAUCCACUCACAAACCCUCAAGGCAACCGCUUGUUUGAGGAGCUGGACCGUUUCGUGGACCUCGAAAACUUCAUGUUCAACGAACGCCGCGAUCCGGAUUUCAACCUGUCGCGGGUUCUAACCUACUGCCACAGGAACCAGAGUCUUAUGCAGACACUCCAACUCUACCGCCUCAUCGACUUAGAAUCCCUCAAAGCACAAGCGUCACAAGCGGUAGACCGCAAAGCAGCCGCCCUGAGACCGACGUUCCCCGGCCACGACCGACCAGUCACCAUCCUCAAGCCACAAGCCAAGCUCAAGCUGACCCGGCUGGCUGAAUCGGGAUUGUCGGACUUCGACUUUGAUCGCAUCCUUCAUGCUCUGGAAACCAACAUGACGAACCUAUCUCUGGACACAUUAGCGACGCAACUCGACGCAACAGCCAACUCCCUCGUCGACCGAUCGGGUUUCGUCCGCGUCUCUAUCGAACUACGGGAUGCUGCUGUUAUGUUGACGGCUUAUCAUACUAACAUCGUCACGCCCAUGCUCGAACACACGAGGCUGUUGAACGUGACGGCAACGAGGCUGCGUGACGGACUACGCUUCAACCACUCGUCACUGAAGGAAGCCAUCGGGUACCUCAUACAUGAGACUUCACAGGCAGAGACCUUCCUGAACCGACAGGGGCUGGAUGUCAUACAAACUCUAAUCCAAGACUUCGCGAAGGUCGUAGCUCAGAGACUGAACGAGUACCUGGACAUGGUGACCCACGCGGCCGAGCACGAGGUGGGCUGCUGCGCGCCCAUGUCCAACGCCUUCAACGCCACCAGGGACGCGGCUUGCAAGAAAAUACUCAUGCCCGUGAACGGGUACUGGAUGGCGCUGGCGUGGUGCGUGCUGCUGUUCGUGCCGUUCAUGGUGGCGGCGCAGCGCCUCGCCCGCCUCUACCGCCACGUCGACCCCUACCCCGGGCCGCUCGUCGAGGCCGAGUAUUUGUAUGACGCGUUCGCGGACCGCGAUAACGUACCCCUUGCCAACGCCUACAAGGCAGAGAAGCGCGCGGGGCGAGAGGCGCGGCGCGGGGCCGGGGGGGCCGGGGGGGCCGGGGGCGCGCGGGAGGAGGCGCGCGGCGCCGCGCUGGCCGCGCCCCUCGACGCACACCACGCGCGCAGAUAUAAUGAUAUGGCGCCAAAGCACUGGGAAGAAGGCCCACCCCGCUACCACGGACCCACUGAGUACGAGCGGCCCCCUCCCUACUACUAUCCCGGACCAACUGAUAGACAGUAAACUGGCCCUCACGGAACUAGACGACGACCUGCUGAAAUACUGAGACCGCUCCGCGCGGACCUGAGAACAGAAAGGUUAUAACUACCACAACUGAUGUAGAGCGAUUUGAACUCUAUGCGGUUCGCGCAAGACUCAAUUUAAAACGAAAAUUGUUGAAGAGCCGUUGAGGUUCUUGAGACGAUACGUAAUGAGUAUUUUUCCAAUAUAGCCAAGCCUUGAGGUUAUAUCGAUAUUAUUGCCUUUGACAUAUGACAUAUUAAUUAAUUAUGCAACGAUGACAUAUUUGAUAAGAAUGAUAAUUCGGAAGGUAACAGAGUCGAACCGAGCUAACUCUGCAUUUCAUUUGUAAUGACAGAGUGUGUCAGUGUCAUCAUUCAUGUCAAAUUUCUAUGAAAAUUUAGCGUUUAUAAUGAUACUGCCACAAUUUGUUCUGUUCAAAAUGGUGGCAAACAGACCUAUCUAAUUUGACUAAAAUGCGAAAAAGGUAAUAAUAUAGAUAUUUAUAAUGGCAUUCCAUUUAGGUCUCCCUUAAGGGGAUGUCCCCAUAGUUAGUUGUUGCAAGAUCUUUGUCUAUAGGGUAAUGAAAUCGUAAGUAGUACUGUACCUUAAGUGAUGUUCAUACUCAACAGUAAAGAUUUUAGUCCGACAUAGACGGAUCAAUUUGUUAUGUAAGUUAAUAUCAGUCUCACUUUUGUGUCAUAGACGAUAAGUAUCCUUAUUGAUAGAUGACAAAAAGUGACAAGUGACACUUUGCAAAAACUAGUUUUUACGAAAAAAAGGAAAAAUCCAUUUUAAGUCAUAAGUUAACCAAUAACAUUUACCUACUUUUUAUUUACAAAAACAUUAAAAAAACAUUCAAAAUAUAUAAAACAUUUAAAAAAAGUAGAAACCAAACAAAAAAAAAUUGACGAAAUUGACCUAAACUCAUAUUACCUACAUUUUUGCCUUCUUUUGGCCUCAGAAAUGCGUGGUUAAAAUCUUUCGGGUUCCUUGUACCUACAUAUAUUAUGCAAAUUAUUGGUCCGUCUGUCACCAGCCUAAACUUUACUGUUGUGUUACGGACAAGUCUGCCAACUACUAUGUGAUGGUCAGAUCUUUAAUUAUACAACAUUAGUGUUAACGAGUCGGCCCGUCUAGCCGGAGUCUCACAGUAACUGCCAUAAAUUGACUGUCAUUUAGUAUUUUUUACCGUUUGAGAAGGCUUUAAUUUCUAACGAAAUGCGCAUAACUUGAAACUUAAAAAGGUGCGUCCACACUUCGAUAUUUUUAUUUUGUGUCCAUAGUGGCAUCGUACAACCUUAUUUUGUGGCUUUUCGAGAAUAUGACAGAUGUCAAGACUUUUGUGGUGCUGCCACCUAUUGCUUAAGAAAAACAUAUGUAAAUCUUAAAGACACACGGGUGUGGACGUACGUAAAACAAAUUUAAAAAAUACACGAGUACAUAAUUAUGACAGGCCGUCCCAUGAAAUGAACAUUUGAAAACAUUAAAAAGGAAAUAAAUACAUUAUAAAAGAUCAUUAAGUUAUGCGCAUUUCGUCUUAGGCAAUGUUGCCGCACAAAUAUUGGGAAUUUUGAGUUAUUCUCUAAUAUGAAUUAAUUAUAAGUAAUCUAAUUUAAUCGCUACAAUGAUUUGUUACGAAAAAGACAAUAUCGCCAAACUUUGUAUUGUGAACGCACCGUAGCACCGCUUAUGUAACGUAGUUAGAUUUAUUUAGAAAAGUACUGUUUUAAACAGCUUAAGAGCAAAGAAAACCGGUACACUUUGGAUAUACAUUAUAUUCAAAGUAAUCCUUUUACAAUGCCCAAUUUUUUCAGACAAAAAGUUUUCGGGUUUCGGUAAAGAUGCAUUUUGAAAUCGUCUAUAUCGACAGCAAAGUACCUUUUGCCUGUGAACGUCACUUAAAUAUCUAAAUAAGUGGUGUAUCGGUGCUAGGCUCCUAUUUAACCACGCAAAGUCAUAUAGCGUACUCGAUGUGGCAGUGAAGUAAGAAAUGUCUCAGAUCACAUGUAAUUGUCGGUCGAGGCGAAACCGAAGUCGACAAACAUAUGAUAUGAAGCUUUUUUAUUUACUGCCCGAGGUGUGUAUACUAUUUUUCUGUUCGAUUAAGUGCUGAAACUUCGUUAAGUGCUGAAAGUUGAAGCUUUCCGCACGGGGAACAGAAAAAAAUGAUUUGUGCGUGUCGAAUAGUGGUCAUAGAAGGGAUUCGAUGCAUUUAUUAAUAAGGUUAGUAUACUCGGCCUUCGGCCGCUACUCAUUUAUUCUUAUUGUAAGCUAGCGGCCCGCAACUGGCGAAUCAUAGAUAAUUUAUGCAACUACAUAUUAGUCACAUCACGAAUUUUAAUCUAUGGUCGUCAGUACGUCUGACCAUCGCUCGAUGACUUAUACAGCUAAAUAUAAAUUUAGGUUAUAAUGUCUUUCCUGUGUCCGAAAUGGCAUGAAUUUUGGCAAAAGGAAAUAUUCGUUUUAACCAAAAAUGACUAAAGUAAGGACUCGUAGCACGAACAAUUUCGUACAUCAACCCGCCAACUCCUAUCUCUAUCGUACGCACGUAAUUUUACUGCUGACCAAUAGGAAAUGACGGUAUAAUGUACGAAAUUCUUACUGGUUAGCCUCCUUACUAUAGUAUUUAAAAAAAAUCGUCAGCGAUGGUUGUAAGUGGUAGCCCUAAGAAGUCUAGUGAGUUUGUAUUUUACAAGUAAAGAAUCUUAGUAUCCGCUCGUCUGUGGGCGAGGAUAGGUCCUAUUUAGUUAAUUAUUUGGUGAUUAUCCAUUAUUAGUAAGUGAUUUUUUUAAUUGUUGACUCGGUGCGAGAGAGUGCAAAUUUUUAUUUAGGUGUAUUAAAUGUGUCAUAUUGUAUUCGUUAGUUAGGUUUGAGACGAAAAAAAGACUGCCAAUCUCGAUAUGAAGUUGUUUAAAUUGUGUUAUAGGUGGCGCCUCUUUUGCAAAGUUUCUGGGAUUGUUUUCAAGUGACAAUCAUCUAUAGAAAACUCCAAUGUGUGGAAAUUAUCACAUUAGUUUUUUCGCAUCUGUCAUCCAGAUAAAUUUGUAUUUCGCGAUUGACUUUUGCUGAUUAAAGCGAUCAUCAUCUCAUCUACUGCUAAACUCCUUUGAUUAAAACGCCAUCUAGUGAAUAAAUUGCGAAUUUUUAGAUAGAGUUAAACCACGCUAGAGUAACGCCAUCUAGUAUAAUAGUUAUGGAGGUUGGACGUUGUAUGGAGCUCGGCAGUCUGUUUUACUAGUCUCUGGUUAGGCGUAUGUAAUGCCAAAUAUGUCGGUGCGCCGCGGCUAGCCGCCGCUUCCCUUUCCCCUGCUCACUUUACUGUAGCGGGACUUCUGAUCUAUUUGAUAUUGUUUUUGGGUAACACUAUGUAAUUCCCACAAAGUUCGAAAGAAUUAUUAUUGUUUCGGUUAUCGGAAAGCAUCUUCCGCAUUUUUUUAAUAUUUUUAUUUUAUGGCUACUUGAUCGGUUGAGAAAUACUUACACUUUCAAGUUUGAUUCUUAAAUAUAUUUUUCGUUUGAUCUUAAAAUGAUCUAUUUUCGUUUUUAGUACUUAGAUUUAUAUAAUAGGUAUAUCAUUAGUUAAUUUUUAUUACAGCGGAAAAUGGAUUUAGUAACCGAAAUUAUGGAAAUAUGCUUUCGGACUAAUUUGGGAACGAUGUGUUCCCAUCUUUUACCAAGUUACUGCUCAAUCCCCCGUUUUUUAUAAAUUAAAUGUCGGUGCUAUGUUUGCAUCAAGUUUCGGUUCAACAGGGACCCUUUUUGGUUCAUUGUAUUGUAUUUGUACAAACAGCAACACUCCUGUACACCGGUGGACCUUAUUGCAAAAGGCAUAACGUCCACCGAUGUACAGUUAACAGUGUGGCCGAUGGUACAUGUAAUUCGUCACAAGUAGGAUAAGUUAGUGUAUCAAACUCUACGUUUCGUAUGAACUAAGUAACAGUUAAACUUAUUGUAAUCGUCAAUUUUGUCUAUAAAUAAAUAUAUCGAAUGACUAGUUUCGCGACGGCGCUAAGGAAAUUUCGAUGUUAAAGUAAUAUUGGUAUGAAUGAAAUUUCAGCUGCGCGUUGUCGUGAUGUAGAUUAACUGUACCACAUUUUAAGCUAAUAAACUUAGCAUUCACACCCUUACUUUUCUCACCACAAAGCGUUCCUAUCAAUAAUUUAACUUAAAACCAAGUUUGAAUGACACUUCGAUAGCGCGAUCUAGAAAAUGCUUUUGAGAAAACCAUGCCAUCUAUUGGGUAAUCAGGUCAAGUUAAAAUCGAAAUCUAAAUGAUUGUAUGGAAAGAGCAUUGUAAUCCUAAAGUCAUAUUAUUAAAGUUCAUUCUUGAAUAAAGCGGCGUGAGUUUCUGCAGACAGCAAAAGGAACUGCACGCCACGAGUUGGCGUCUGCGAGAACUCGAUCGCAUUCUCUCUAUCGCACCAAUGCAUCAGUGCGAGCGAGAUGGAUUGAGAUCGAGUUUACGCAGUUGCUAAAGUGAACGUUAAGUGUCAACUGGUACGGCUACUGGUGAGAUUUCUGCCAAAAUAUUGUGUUCAUGUAAGUUUCUUCUAGACUGCUAUAGGUAUAAUGUCUUUGCUAGGUUUAUUAGCCAUAAUGUGGUAUGGUCUGGGCCAAAUGGUGUAACUCAAAAGAUCUCUCUAUUCAACGUUUGAGUUACGUUACUACGCCCAGAGGACAGAGAGCCUACCGCGAACGACGUCGACGUGUUGCCUCCCUGU